CUACCUUUUACCUAACCAUCCAUUCCACCUAUCCCUCUUCUUCCAUUACUACUACUAUAUUUACCUUCUUCAUUCUACUUGUCUCCCAAGCCAAUGGCCUACAGCUAAUUAACAACCCAUAUUCUCUACAACAAACUAUCUCACCCACCAUAAGAUACAACAAACAACCAUGUCCUCCGAACUCCGCCAACGCCAAAAACCAACAACAGCCUCCAAUACAUCAAAACCCUCCAAAGCCACCAAAUCAUCUCCAUCGCCCAAAAAUGGCAUCUCCGUCCUCGAUAUCAUCCGUGUGCUGGUCACACUUAUAAUCGCCUCCUGCGGUCUAUCCUACUACAUGACCUCGUCGGAAUCCCUCCUCUGGAACUACCGACCCUGGUUCACCCGCUGGCCAGUCCUGGUCCGCUACAUCCAAGGUCCCCUCAUUCUUACCCCCACCGAACUCUCCCUCUACAACGGCACCGACCCAACCCUCCCCAUCUACCUCUCCAUCAACGGCACCAUCUACGACGUGUCCGCGAACCCGCUCGUCUACGGCGCCGGCGGCCACUACAACUUCUUCACGGGGAGAGAUGCCACGCGCGCCUUCGUGACCGGGUGCUUCAAGGAGGAUCUCACGCCUGAUAUGCGCGGCGUCGAGGAGAUGUUUAUCCCAAUUGAUGAUCCCGAGGAGGAGAAGCGGUUGACUAGCGGGGAGAGGAAGGUGAGGAGGGAGCAGGAUCUUAGGAUCGCCAGGCAGAGGAUUCAUAAGGCCGUGGCCCAUUGGAUGGGGUUCUUUGCCAACCAUAAGAAGUAUUAUGAGGUGGGGAAGGUCGUGGGCUUGGAGGAGGUUGUGAAGAGGGAAGAGGAAGAGGGGGUCAAGAGGGAGCUUUGUACGGCUGCUAGGCAGCAGAGGCCUACCAGGGAGCAGGUUGAGAAGGCGAAGGGGGGGAAGUAGAUCCUUUGUACCACCGUAGGUUGGCUAGUUAUUGAUAGGGGUAUCUAGAUGUAUAUGCUAGUAGUGGGGGAGGGAGGGGGUUAUCGCUGUAUGUAUUUUGUUAUCUAGAAGAUUAUCAUGUGAAAGUUAAAGACAAGAAUGAUAUGGACUUAAUAUCCAGCCUUUUGGUAUCGCUACUGGUGCGUACACGCAUU